CAAGCGAAACUUCUCAUAGAUAAUGGCCGACUUUCAAUUCAUGGAAAUCUUUAAAAGAAAGCGCAUCAAAUUGACCCUCAAAUCUGGGACCUUUCUUGGCAAUGUUCAGCGGAUCAAUGCCAACAAAACAGUGGUUUUAGAGGACGUUGUGAAUUUUAAGAAUGGAAGAAAACUCCCUGGAGUGAAACUAUUCUUUGGACAUGAAAUUCUGAAUGUGGAAUUCCCUCAUGUGUCAAAGGCCGAUGUUGGCCCCAACUCUAGUGACCAUGGACUUCCAGGACAGCUGACUGUGGCAGAGUUCCAGCCUUACAUGAAAGGUAUCGUUCUGGAUGCUGAUGACGACGAUGAGAGCCAUGUGAACUUUGUGGUCAUUGAUGAGUUCCAUGAAAAGUUUGGUCCUGCUGUGAUGCACAUUCAGAGACAGCAGGUGAUCGGGAUUGGAGCUGACGGGUUCGGGGCAUUCCAGCACGAGAGACUCUGUUGGCUGCAGAUUGCCACUAAGAACAAGGUGUACCUCUUUGACAUCCUGUUGCUUGGAGCCCGGGCCUUCAAGAAUGGUCUAUCCAUGAUCCUGCAAAAUAACCACAUAUUAAAGGUCACCCAUGACUGCCGGGGCAUUGCUGGAUGCCUUAUGGCUCAGUUUGGUGUGAAUCUCUGCAACGUAUUUGACACUCAGGUGGCAGAUACUCUGUGCUUCUACACAGAGACAGGUGGCUUCCUGCCAGACAGGGUUAGCACCCUACAGGAGGUGGUGAGUCUACACCUGAAGGUGUCCUCAUCGCGACUCUCUUCUCUCAAGAUCAAGUCUCAGCUCACCAAGGAGGAUAAAGAGGUGUGGUAUGUGCGUCCCUGCCCCACGUCCCUGCUCAAGGUCAUGGCUCUGUCGGUUAUCCAUCUGCAGCCUCUGAGGCUGGUGCUGUUGGACGCCCUCAUGGCUGAAUACACCGGCCUGGUGGACUCCUGCCUGAGCAGCAGCCGAGAGGAACCGGUCCACAUGCAGCUCAUUGGAUCGAGCAAUGUUCUGGAGCUUCCCAGGGAGCUGCAGAAUUUGGUGCACAUGCGUCGGGAGCGCCAGGAGUGGGCUGUCAACCGUUACCCUGUCACUGAGCAGGGUUGGCUGAAGCGCUCCAACCCUAGACCAUUGACAGCAUCACAAAACGGGCAGGGCCAGGAUACAGUCACCCAAAGGCAACCAGAAUCCACUGUACCCACAGCAAUGGAGACUCUAGUCCCGUUACCAAGGCUACAGGCCUCAGAAGAGCCCCUGCGUCACAUCAGUACCCCAUGGGUCACUGACCUCCAUGCAACGCCGAGUGCUCUGACGUCAGAGGCCCAGCAGAGCUCCAGCAAACAGCCACCUGAAGUCCUUAGCCCAGUGUCUACAUCGGGAUUAGGAGCACCAGGGCUUGUGGACAUAGUGAUGGCUGGCAAAGGAAGGUCUUCGAUGAAAGACCCAGCCUCGCCCACCCUACCUGCUUUCCGCUCCUUUGGAAGAGGCCUGCUUCUCCAGAUGUCCGCAUCGCAGGUCCAGAAGGAGAGACAGGUUCCAGUUGGGAAGGUGGAGGUGCUUGUUCCCCCAGGCCAAAUACCCAGCCCUGUUCAGCAAGUUGUGCAUCAGCAGACUGCUCCCCAGCAGGCUUUAUUAUCUCCUGCCAGUGGAGGGAGAGGCCCCUUCAUCCAGAAACCCCAAAGGCUCACAUCUCCUCUCAGUCUCUCCUUCAGUUCAUUUAGAAAGACCUAGAAAGAGGGCCAGCUUUGCAUGGUUGUUUUUUAAAAUGUUAAUUCUACAAAGACCACUAGAUGGCAGAAUAUUGUCAAUUUAGUUAGCAACAUAAAUAACAUCUAUGUUUGAUGGGGAGACAGUAGUGUUUCAGUUCAGUUCUUCAGUGUCAAAUGGAAAUUGUACUCACAGUAUUUACAUUUAACAUAUUUAAAUUGGAUUAUUUAUGUAUGUUGUAGAACAUUUUGGUUUAUCAAAAGUACAUGGGUUCAUUUAAGCUUUACGUUUUUUCAAAUUGCUGUUUAUUGUUCAUUUAUUUACAAGGUUUAAUAAUAAAACA